GCUUCACUUCAUAUAAAGAUGCAUCUCUAUUACUUUCUUGGUCUCUACAUCAUCUGUUGUAUUUUGCUAACUCAAGUUCAAGCUCAACCCAAUGCAACGUUAGCCAAUUCAAGUGAUAUCCAAGGGAAUGUCACUAAAAAACGAAUAAUGCUACGAAAACUUCAUAAGGAUGAUAAGCAGGGUAAAGGAAUGAUGCACAUCGUGAUACACAAGAUUCAACCUGGAGAUCCGUACUACAAGGUCUUCGAUGGCAAUGAGAAGGCAGCUCGAGCAUUCACCAAUAAGAUAUGGAACCGUCUCUUCAACCGAUAUAGCACAAUGCUCAUUUAAUUGAAUACUCUUAAGCCUAAAGUGUAGUGAAUAAGUGUUCUUAAGUUAUGAUAAUAAAGCUAGAACUAAAUAUGGAA